AUGGUUUUUAAUGAAAAUCCUUUUAAUCAACAAAAUAAGCAAGAUAAUAAUACAGUAAAUCCUUUUGGUACUAAUAAUCAAUCAAGUAAUAAUCCUUUUAAUACUAAUAAUCAAACAAAUAAUAAUCAAACAACUAAUCCUUUUAGUACCAAUCAAACAAUUAAUCCUUUUAGUACCAAUCAAACAACAACUACACCAUUUAGUAAUCAACCAACUAAUACAUUUAGUACUAUUAAUAAUAAUAAUAAUCCUUUUAAUACUACUAAUCAGAUUAGUAAUAAUAAUCCAUUUGGUAAUCAAACUACUACACCUUUUAGUAAUCAAACUACUACACCUUUUAGUAAUCAAACAACUAAUCAGAUUAGUAAUCAAACUACUACACCUUUUAGUAAUCAAACAACUAAUCAGAUUAGUAAUCAAACUACUACACCUUUUAGUAAUCAAACAAGUAAUCCUUUUAGUACUAAUCAAACAAGUAAUCCUUUUAGUACUAAUCAAACAACUAAUCCAAUUAGUAAUAAUAAUCCAUUUAAUAAUAAUAAUCCAUUUAGUAAUCAACCUACUACAAAUACAAUCAAUCAAACAAGUAUAUUAGGAUCAACAAGUAAUAAUGAAGUACCAUUUAGUUCUAAUAAUCAAACUAUGUUUAAUAUUACAAAUAAACCAAAUGUAACAUUAGAACAAAAUUCUAACACUACAAUCCUUGAUAAUAAUACCUCAGCAUUUGUAUCAUCUAUUAAAGAUUCCACAUCAGGUCUUUAUAACUUAUCAGUGAAAGAAAUUAUUGAUAAACAAACAGAACAACUUAAUGAAAAUAUUAAUAGAUUUAGAGAAGACGCAAAAGAAAUAUUUGAACAAGAUAUGAAGUUAAUUACUUUGAGAUCCAAUUACGUGACAGUUCAAAAGAAAAUUGAAGAUGAAAAUCUUAAACUUGAUGAAUUAUUAGAAGCACUGGACUAUUUUUCUAAUGAAUUAGAUAAAAAGAAUAAUGAUUCUGUUGUUGAAGAAGUUAAAGUAGAAGAUGUAAUUGGAACAUUUGAAGAAAUUUCUGAGAAAUUUACAAGGAAAGUUGAAACCUUCAAGGAUGAAAAUCAUGGAGUACUUGAUUUGUUUAAUGAGUGUUAUGAUUUGAUUGAAAGAAAUGAUAAAAAAUUAGAUGCUCUUAGUAACAGCAAAGGAAUGUUUUAA